AUGGAUUCAAGAAGAAACCGUGACAGGUUAUCUACUUUACCGGAACACCUCUUGGUUCCGAUUAUCUCUAACCUGCCAUUUGAGGAAGCCGUGAGGACAAGUGUCCUCUCUAAGCCGUGGAAAAAUCUUUAUCACGGAACAACCAACGUCUCUUUCAAAGAGUCCGAGUUCGUGAAACGCACCGUUUCAAGCAGUGAAGAAUCCUCAAACGAGGCUAGGGCUGCGUUCGUUCGCUAUGUGGUUAACUGGGCCUCAAGAUUUUCCGGUGACGUCAUCCAAAGUUUCGAACUCCGUCUCUCCAAACCAUUUGGAUUCGAAGCCGAGAUCAAGCACUUGAUCGAGUUCGCUGUCUCCAAACAAGUCAAGACUCUAGUUCUCGACUUAUCCGAACUUUCUUGCGAUGCAAGUAACCAAGCGAGACUAGCGGCUCCGUUCCAGUUGCCGGAGUGCGUUUACAAUCAAACCACCAUCGAGUCGUUGAAGCUAUCCGCGUGCGGUUUCGACCCGUCGAGGCUCGCGAACCCGUGCGCAUUCAAAAGCGUCUGUUUUGGUUAUACCGAACUCGGAAGGAUCAUGACUUUGCUUUCAAAGUCGCCUCUUCUCGAGAGCCUAACCGUUCGAAACUGCUGGAACGUUAAUCUCGAAUCGAUAACCGGAGAUCAGAACCGGUUAAGGGAACUGGUUUUCGAGAAUUGCGUUUUCGCUACGGAGUAUACUCUCCUCGACUUGCCGAACAUUAAAGUCUUCAAGUACAUUGGCAGUUUCCAUUACUUUCAGUUCUUGGCAGUGAAUAGGAGAAUGGAAGAAGCGUACUUAGCUUACGGAGCGGAGACGGGCGACGAGAUUGGACAAUUUUUCUGUGAUGUACUUUACGAUCUUUUGUCGGCUAGGAAGCUAACGGUGUGUCCUUUUCUCAUUAAGGCGAUUAAAGAUAGUGACGAUCCGGUUCGGUUGAAAGCACCGAUGGAGACGAGACAUUUGGUGAUCAAUACGGGUCUUGUACCGGACGAGUUCGUUGGGAUUAGGCUCAUGAUCAAUAGCUGUCCCGAGUUGGAGAUUCUCACUCUCCAGAUGUUUCCUUCUGUGCCUGUGGCAAGGUACACUCCUGGAUUCAAUCCGAUGUCGUAUUGGGCGUAUCAAAUUAGUCACAAGUGUUUGAAGAAGACGCUUAAGGUGGUUCAGGUAAGGAAUUUCACUGGAAGCAUGUACGAGUUGAUUUUGUUGAGGUAUUUGAUUAGGUCGGCUCGUGUGUUGGAGAGGGUCGAUCUUUAUUUGCCGGUGGGAGCGUCUGAGAGUGAAAAGAGUUCGGUACGUGCGAUAAUAAGUACACUGGGGGACGAGGGCGUGGCGUCUUCGAAGGUUUUACGGAUUCGUCAACUCACUGGUCGAAUAAACUGUUGA